UCUCAUCCAGGAUAUGUCAACAAAUGUAUCACUGACAUGGAACUAACAAGUGAAAGCAGAAAGAAGGAAAUGUCCAGGCCUGUGGAGGUGUCAAGCCAUAUUCUUACCACCACUGAUAUGGAAAUAACUAGCGGAAUAAAGCGGACUGAAACAUCUCAUCCAGGAGAUGUCAACAAAUGUAUCACUGACAUGGAACUAACAAGUGAAAGCAGAAAGAAGGAAAUGUCCAGGCCUGUGGAGGUGUCAAGCCAUAUUCUUACCACCACUGAUAUGGAAAUAACUAGCGGAAUAAAGCGGACUGAAACAUCUCAUCCAGGAGAUGUCAACAAAUGUAUCACUGACAUGGAACUAACAAGUGAAAGCAGAAAGAAGGAAAUGUCCAGGCCUGUGGAGGUGUCAAGCCAUAUUCUUACCACCACUGAUAUGGAAAUAACUAGCGGAAUAAAGCGGACUGAAACAUCUCAUCCAGGAGAUGUCAACAAAUGUAUCACUGACAUGGAACUAACAAGUGAAAGCAGAAAGAAGGAAAUGUCCAGGCCUGUGGAGGUGUCAAGCCAUAUUCUUACCACCACUGAUAUGGAAAUAACUAGCGGAAUAAAGCGGACUGAAACAUCUCAUCCAGGAGAUGUCAACAAAUGUAUCACUGACAUGGAACUAACAAGUGAAAGCAGAAAGAAGGAAAUGUCCAGGCCUGUGGAGGUGUCAAGCCAUAUUCUUACCACCACUGAUAUGGAAAUAACUAGCGGAAUAAAGCGGACUGAAACAUCUCAUCCAGGAGAUGUCAACAAAUGUAUCACUGACAUGGAACUAACAAGUGAAAGCAGAAAGAAGGAAAUGUCCAGGCCUGUGGAGGUGUCAAGCCAUAUUCUUACCACCACUGAUAUGGAAAUAACUAGCGGAAUAAAGCGGACUGAAACAUCUCAUCCAGGAGAUGUCAACAAAUGUAUCACUGACAUGGAACUAACAAGUGAAAGCAGAAAGAAGGAAAUGUCCAGGCCUGUGGAGGUGUCAAGCCAUAUUCUUACCACCACUGAUAUGGAAAUAACUAGCGGAAUAAAGCGGACUGAAACAUCUCAUCCAGGAGAUGUCAACAAAUGUAUCACUGACAUGGAACUAACAAGUGAAAGCAGAAAGAAGGAAAUGUCCAGGCCUGUGGAGGUGUCAAGCCAUAUUCUUACCACCACUGAUAUGGAAAUAACUAGCGGAAUAAAGCGGACUGAAACAUCUCAUCCAGGAGAUGUCAACAAAUGUAUCACUGACAUGGAACUAACAAGUGAAAGCAGAAAGAAGGAAAUGUCCAGGCCUGUGGAGGUGUCAAGCCAUAUUCUUACCACCACUGAUAUGGAAAUAACUAGCGGAAUAAAGCGGACUGAAACAUCUCAUCCAGGAGAUGUCAACAAAUGUAUCACUGACAUGGAACUAACAAGUGAAAGCAGAAAGAAGGAAAUGUCCAGGCCUGUGGAGGUGUCAAGCCAUAUUCUUACCACCACUGAUAUGGAAAUAACUAGCGGAAUAAAGCGGACUGAAACAUCUCAUCCAGGAGAUGUCAACAAAUGUAUCACUGACAUGGAACUAACAAGUGAAAGCAGAAAGAAGGAAAUGUCCAGGCCUGUGGAGGUGUCAAGCCAUAUUCUUACCACCACUGAUAUGGAAAUAACUAGCGGAAUAAAGCGGACUGAAACAUCUCAUCCAGGAGAUGUCAACAAACGUAUCAAUACCAUGGAACUAACAAGUGAAAAUAGGCAGAAUCAAAUGCCUGCUGAGUUUACUACUAGAAAUAUGGGCAACUUAGAAUUUAUAAAUGAAGUAAGAGACAGGACAUUCAUUAAUCCAUCAACAGUAACUAAUUUGUCUACCAGAGAUAUUACAGACAUGAAAUUACUUAAAGUAAAUGAAAAGGGAAUAUAUGCUCAGUCUGAUGAGUUCAAUGAAUUUGCCAGCUCCAAUGACAUGGUGAACAGACACAUUGUACAUCAUAAGCAAAGUGACAUCCAUAUGGAGACAUGUAGUGGGACAAAUAAUGCUAGUGGCACAGAAAUGAGGAACAAAACACACAGAGUAGCAUUUAGUCCAACCUCAUUGUCAAAAGAGGGACAAACAGAAGAUGUAACAGAUGUGUCGUACCAUUCACUGAAGUCUCGUAACAUGAAAACAACUAGUAAUGUUAAAGAGCUGCACAGUAUUGAUUCAGAGAUAACACAGCAUUCUGAACCUAUUGCACUUAUUAAUUUGAGUGCUAAUAUUAGUACUGACAAGAUGAGUCCAUCUGAACCAUCUACAGUACAUGCACUUGGAAGUAAUGAGAAACUGGAUGUGAGGGACAAUCCAGUUACACUAGUUAAGGAAAUUGACGAUAUGCGUCACAACCAAUUUUCUGAAACAAAACAUUCCAGUAUGGAUGGAAGAUAUUGCGAACAGAUAAGAUCUGUCCUUGAUAUUAAAAAAGUAAAUGAAUCAGUAAAUUGCAAUAGUAUGGAAUUUAAUGUUGAAAAUAAUAUUUCCAGCAACACCUCAGUUCCAGAUGUUGGUUUAAAUUUGAGCAUUCCUUCAAAUAUGAAGAAACUAGAAAAACGAUCCCCUGAAUGUAAUAUGAAAUUGUCACAUGUAUCAAAAGUGAAUCAGGAAUUGGUGAAUGGAUCUGUUCAAAACGUUGCUGAUAAGCUGUCUCUCUCACAAUGCGGAUACGGCCUGGAAGAUUCAAAGUCGUCGUCAGACGAGUUAACUGAAGUUUGUGAAACGUGCAGAGGAGACAGUCGAGUCACGGAAGAAAACUUUAGCACGCAUCGACUGUUGACUGGGACAAAUACUUACACAUCCAGAACUACUGAGGUUAAGAAAUUUGAUAACAUAAGUAAUUCUGUAUACCAUGAUAACAAACAGUUUCAAAAUGCAAAAGAGUAUUCAGUGGAUAACAUACAAAUGUUCAGGAGCCAUGAAGAAGAUUCAUUUAUAUUGGAAGAAUUGGGCUGUAAACAUGAACAUACCAUUAAGCAGCCUGAUUUGAAUGAAUACGCUGAAUCUAGUGACCUAUGUGUGAAAGCGGACAUUGAAACACAAAAGAAUUCCAUGGAAUCUACUGAGAUGGAACAAAACCUACAUUGCUCACUACUUCAAAUUACACUAACAUCCAUACCAGAUGAAAUGGAACUGAGCGUCGUCAAAAAUCUGUCAUUUGAAACUAAUGAAUCUUGCGAGGAACUUGUUGACAGAGUGAGAGAGGCAGAUGAAAUCAUAAGAGAAAGUAUGUGUAUGACAUCAUAUGAAUGUGCUGUGCCUGGUAACAGUCAGUCUGCACAGUCAGAUUCUGAAGAGACGGCAUUACUGCCACAAGAACUGAACAUCAGUAAAAAUCCUGCAAAUGGACCAGUUACAACGAAGCAAAAAAGUGCUAAAGAGCACUCAGAAGCAGAAACAAUUGCAAACAGACAACGCUGUAAUCUAAAUGGGAUGUGUGCUAAGUCUCGUAUCAAUCAAACAGAUGAAAAGAUUAAACGAAAGGAAUUAUUGAAAGACACAAACGAAGUUGUACCCAUGUCUUCAGUGGAAGAACAGAUUAAGGCAAAAGAACAGAGGUCUGACUGUCUAUGGAAUAUUAAGGAAAUGAGUGAUACGCUUUGGUCCUUUCAAUUCUUGUACAAAUCACUGGUGCUUAUUCUGAAACUUGAUCCAUGUGAGAUGCAAGAUAGCGGCAAACUUGUAACUGAUAUUCAGCUGAUUUCACAUGCCACUGAAAAGGCAGAUCCUCUUGUUAAAUUCGUACAUAAUGUUCUUCUGCAAAAAUUUCAAAUUCAAGCACUGGAUUCUACGUGCAAGACAACUCUGGAUGUGGCUGAAGUCUUGGAAAGAAUUUCAGCCGAAGUUAAGAAAACAAAAAUAUUUGUGAAAGAUUUUAUUGAACUGGAAACCUUGGACUUGAUACAAAUAAAUAACAACUGUGUAUCAUUUGAUAUAGCAAAUUUGGACAUCCACACGUGGUUUCGUAUAAAUGUGAAAAUAGACACCUGGGAAAAUAUUUCACCUGCUGAUGUGUCUGUUGAAAAUGUGGUUGGUAAUGUAAGAGAAUAUGAAAUCAAAAAUCUAGUGACAGCAGCAACCAGAGGUCCAAACUGUCUUAGAGAUUAUGUCAGGAUUAUUAAAGAGUAUGUGAAGGUACUUGCUAAAAACAAAUGCACCUAAAAUUUUCUAUACUCGCAUUAAAAAUAGGAAGGUACGAUAUCUCUCGGAAGUGGAUUGUAUAUAAACCAGGACUACACAACAGAAAAGAACACUGUGCGUAAUAGCUAUAACGCAUAUACAGAGCGUGAAUGAGACAAGUACAAAGUUUACUUUAACUUAAUAUGGAAACUUCAACAUAUAACCUUAAACUUUUUCUUACAGGCCACAUGGGAUAAUAUGAAUCUCAAUGUGGAACAGUUUAAAGUUUGGUACCCAAUGUCAUAAUUUAUGGUCAUAACAUAUGUAAUUAGCUUCAAAAUUAUGGGCUAAACUCAUUUUUAAAUAAAACUGCUUCAGACUCAUUGACAAAAAUCUUAAUGGACCAUAAAUGGUCGAAAAGUUUGUAUGUUUCUUAUACUUAAUGGUACUGAAUAAAAGAAAUUAGUUUCUCUUUAA